AUGACCUCAGAGGCUAUACCUGGAAACUCCACUGACUUCAUUCUCUUGGGCCUCAUCACCCACCCACGAUUCCCUGGGGUUAUCUUUGCCAUUGUCUUCUCCAUCUUUGUGGUGGCCAUAACAGCCAAUGUGGUCAUGAUUCUGCUUAUACAUGUGGACUCCCGCCUCCACACGCCUAUGUAUUUCUUGCUCAGUCAGCUGUCCAUCAUGGACACUGUCUACAUCUGUAUCACUGUCCCCAAGAUGCUGCAAGACCUUCUUUCCAAGGAAAAGACCAUUUCAUUUCUGGGCUGUGCACUUCAGAUCUUCCUCUACCUGACCCUGAUCGGAGCCGAGUUCUUCCUGCUGGGCCUCAUGGCCUAUGACCGGUAUGUGGCUGUGCGCAGCCCUCUCCGGUACCCAGUGCUCAUGAACCGCAGGACCUGCCUGUUCAUGGUGGUGGGCUCCUGGGUUGGUGGCUCCUUGGAUGGAUUUAUGCUGACUCCAGUCACGAUGAGUUUCCCCUAUUGUGGGUCCCGAGAGAUCAAUCACUUUUUCUGUGAGAUCCCAGCUGUGUUGAAGCUGUCGUGUGUGGAUACAUCACUCUAUGAGACCCUGAUGUACGUGUGCUGCGUGCUGAUGCUGCUCAUCCCGGUGUCCGUCAUCUGUGUCUCCUAUGCACGCAUCCUCCUCACUGUCCACUGGAUGGACUCAGCCGAGGGCCGGCGCAAAGCCUUUGCUACGUGCUCCUCCCACAUCACGGUGGUGAGCAUUUUCUUUGGGGCAGCCUUCUACACCAACGUGUUGCCCCGCUCCUACCACACGCCGGAGAAAGAUAAAGUUGUGUCUGCCUUCUACACCAUCCUCACCCCUAUGCUCAACCCACUCAUCUACAGCUUGAGGAAUAAAGAUGUGGCUGCAGCUUUGAGGAAGGUGCUAAGAAGAUGUGCCUUCUCUGGGAGAAGCAGAGUGGGGCGUGAGCAUCGGAAGUGUUAG